AUGGAUGCAAAUGAGUAUUACAAGCAAUGUGGCAUUUGCAAUGGAUUUGGAAUAGCUGGGAGUGGAUACCCCGCAAACAUGUUGAUUCCCCUCGACAACCCAAUCAUGGGCAAAUUUGUUGUUGAUACGUCAAAUGCCAAUUGCCCCGCUGGUAAUUACAUUCCAUCGUACAUUUUGUCAACACAAACUGAACUUGGCUUCAGUUACAUCUUAGGUGGUGUUAAUAACGUUUACAACUUUGGGUUCAGAAUUAACCAAACCGACAAAAACCACAUCAAAGGCGAGUGGCUUGACAAACUCCCAACAGACUCAACAGCAAAAGUGUUGUUCUCAAUUGAAAACAACAAAUGCACACUUGUCAAAAACCAUUGGGUUAAAAUACAGUUAGACACUUUUGAUGUUGCCAACUGUGAGAUUGUAACACAGGCUGGUAAGUGUUACAAAAAGAGAGCCGCAGUCGAUCCGGUGGAUCCUCCAAAAACAGUCGAACCAUCACAACCAGAAACACCAGAAAAACCAUCUGAGCCAGAAAAGCCAGUCGAUCCACCUGUGACUCCAGUCGACCCUUCAAAACCAUCUGAACCAACCGAGCCAGAAAAACCAGUAAACUCUGAGGAAUCAACUGAAAACUCGGAAAUCGCUAAUUUGGACGGUGCUUACUCUGUUGCCAUUUUUGUUGUGAUUGGAUUUCUUGGUCUGUUGAUAUAA